AUGAGUGUAAGAGAGGUAAUAUGGGCUAUGAGCUUUGAUUCAUUGCUUAAGCCCAAUCCAUAUGUUGAUGUUGAUAAUGUCGUGAGGGUUAUGAUCCCAAUUGAUGAAGAGGAAAUGUGGACCAUGAAUCCGCCUCUUGAAGUAAGGAUCUUGCGGGUCAUUGAAAGAUUAUGUCGGUGGAAUCCUUGUGUUAGAAAGUUAGUGAACCUUCCUUCACCCAGUGCCACCUACAACAGGUUUCUUGGGUUUGGGUUUGAUCCCAAAGCUAAAGAUUAUAGAGUGGUCAGGUUUGUGACUGCUUCAAAAGAUAGAUUUGACCUUGCAAAUCCUCAACUCAAGGUCAAGGUUUAUUCAUUGUCCUCUGAUGAAUGGAGAGUGAUUAGGACUGUAUAUUUGUCACGAUGGGCAUGGUCGUCGUCAUUUCAUUUUAUAGGUGAUGAAAGAGUAUGGUGUUGCAUCAUCUUGGACACCAUUUUUACGGCUGAUGUUGAUUUCGGAGAGGUCAUGCCAAGGCCAAUUGGUUUUAGGAGGAAUGGGGAUGCUGUAUUAGUAUUUAAUGAAGGAAAACUUGUCUCUUGGAAUCCUGAGAGCAAAGAGUUUAAGGAUCUUAGGAUGAUUGAAGAUCACAAUACUUUUGUUGACUCUUACAUUAAGAGUCUAGUUUUGCUUGACAAAGCCGCCAAUGGUGCAGUUUUGUAG